GAGCGGUGGGGGUUCACAAAGCGGGACCUGGAGGAGGAGAGAGAGGCGUACUUCAACCACAGCCCCACCGCUGCUGCUGCCGCUGCCGCUGCUGCCGCUGCUGCUGGUGCAGCGGGCAGUGCGGAGCCAUCGCUGGUGCAGGUGGCAGAUGAGAUCUUUGGCGCUCAGAUCCUGGUGGCGCGCACGCAUGGUGCCGAUGCGGAGGAUGGGGAGGGCGAGGGGGAUGAGGGGGAUGGGGGUGAAGAGGAUGGAAGGGGUGAGGGUGGGAGGGGACGAAGGGGAGGGAGGGGAGGGAGGGGAGGGCGGGGAGGGCGGGGAGUAGUGGGAAGGGCGGGUGGAAGGGAGAGAGGGAGGGGUGCGUGUAGGGGAGGGAUGAGGGUGGUGAGGCGGGACACGUCAGUGACGGCCGGCAGAGAGGUAAUCGACCUGGAAGGGGGUGAGAGCGGGGAGAGAGAGGGCAGGGGCGAAGGUGGGGAGAGGGGUGAGAGGGGCGAAGGGGCGGAAAGGGACGAGGAGGCCGAGGGGCAGCUGGGGCGGCGGAGGGGCCAGGGCGGGUCAGGGGAGCGGGCGCAGCAGGGCAGGGAGCAGGCAGGUGGGGGGACAGGCGAGGAGGGCGAUGGGGGCUGGGUGUCACAGGCAGAGGCAGCAGAGGCAGAUGGCUGGCAGGGCGGAGCAGAUUUGCUGGCAGGCACAGCAAGAGGCGCAGCAAGGGAGCGCGCGAGGAGGAAGGCGGUGCAGCCCAGCCGAGAGCUGCUGGCGCUGGCACUGGCAGAGGCUGGCGUGGCAGGGGGGCAGGCGGGUGCAGGCAUGCAGGCAGCAGGUGGGACUGACUCGGAUGCUGCAGCAGGCACAGUGGCAGAUGAGGGAGUCAGAAGGGCGGCGCCGCCAGCAGGGGCAGCAGUGAGGGGUGCAGCAGCAGCAGCAGCAGCGAGAGUGCGAGGGAUGCAGGUUGAUGUGGAGGCGGCAGUGGCAGCAGCAGGGGAGCUCCGCCUGGACCCCCCCAGCCAUGACGCCAGUGGUGGCGACGCCCAUGCUGGUAAUGCUGGUAGGCGCCAUGCGGACAGGCAGCGUGCUGCAGCGAGGGAGAAGCGGGCGCUGGGUGGGAACGGCAAGCACCGGGCGGCAAUCAGUCUGCGGCUGAAGCGAGUGAUCUGCAUGCUGAGGGCCGCCCGCCCCGACAUGCGGGCCAAAGACAUCCUCCGCCUCGUGCACUGCGCCUUCGCUGCCCCCGCCCGCCAUCCCCAAGCAUCCCCCACCACCACCUGUGCCACCGCCGCUGCUGCUGGCAGGGCAGCGAGCUUGGCAGAGGGGGGAGUUGCGGCGGGUGGCGUGGAGGCGGCGGGAGCGGCAGCGCUGGAUGUGGCGGCGGUGCGGCGCAUUCUGAGGAAGAGCCACGGCCCGCCCACGGCGCCACCCUCAUCCGCCCUGCCCGCCCACGGCGCCACCCUCAUCCGCCACCGCAGUGGCGCACACCCCCAGGUGCAGGCGGCCGUGGCAGCGUGGGUGCGGGCCAUGGAGGCAUGGUACGGGCAAGAGGCCCUGCGGUGGGAUGAUGUGUUGGAGUAUGCGAGACAGGUGGGGCCGCACAUGGGCGUGGGCGAGGGGUUCCGGUAUAGCCGCCACUGGGCUCGCAAGGCCCUGCUGCGGCACGGGCUUGGGAGCAGCUGGGGCAAGCAGGUGGAGCAUGGGGGUGGGAAGAAGAAAGGUGAGGAGAGAGGAGAUGGGGGAGAGAUGUCGAUUGAUGGUAGCACCACUGAUGCGGGGGGAGAGCAGCAGCAGGAGGGCCCGGUGGACCGCCUGCAGCGCCUGGCGGAGCAGUGGGCUGCUGAGCCCACAGGGGGCACGCCGGGGCAGGUGCAGGGGCGCACAGGGGAGGGGGCGGACGGCAGGAAGCGGCGGUGGCGCCACACGGUGGUGCCGCCCGCUGUGAAGCUCGCCAUGUGCGCCCUCGCCCGCGCCCUCCCCUCCCUCCCCUCCCAGGCCAUCGCCCGCGUUGUUGGCGCCAGGUGUGUUGUGCCACUGUUGGCGCCAGGUGUGUUGUGCCACUGUUGGCGCCAGAGUCCUCUGUCCUUUCUCGCUGUUAUUGCUGCUUCUGGUGCCUUCCACAUUCUCUUGCCUCCCUCUCUCCCUUCACGCUCCACACCUCUUCUCCCUGUGGGUCCCUCCCCUUUGGCAUGGCGUGGCGUGGCAUGGCGUGGCAUGGCGUGGCAUGGCAGGUACGGCGUGCGGGUAACGAACGUGUGGCUGCCAGCGGUGCUGCUGAGGGAGGACGACUGGAGGCAGCUGGUGCAGCUCUCCCGCGCUGGCAGGCCGGGCGCCGUCAGACUGCGCCCUGCUGAGACCCGCCUGGAGGAGGCUCUUGCGCUCGCAGUGAGGAAGGCUAUAGCGAGGAUGGAGGAGGACAGGCGAGCUGCAGGGGGUGGUGGGGGGGGCGAGGUGGGGAGCAGAGGGGGGCCGGGGGCGGGGCAGCAGCAGGUGUGUGUGAGGGCGGUGCAGGAGUAUCCGAGGCGGCUGGCCCCGCUGGUGGGGGUGGGUCGGAGAUUCACUUGCAGCCUGGCAUGGGUGCAGCAGUUCAUGCAGCGCUGGGGGUUCUUCCCCCCUGGUGGCGCGGGAAGAGCAGGUGGUGGGGCGAGAGGGCGAGGGGGCGGGCUGGGUGGGAGGAGAGGGGAGGAAGGUCGGGCGGAGGACGAGUUUGAAGAAAGGGGGGGAGGGGAGGGGGAGGAGAGUGAGGGGCAGGGAGGAGUGAGGGCGAGGAUAAGGGGGAUACUGGACGAGCGGUGUGAGGUGAAGGAGGAGGAGGUGGCAGCGCUGGUGGCGCUGGCAGAGGAGCAGCGGGAGAGGCGCGCUCAGAUCAAGGCGAGUGGGCGCCGGCUGACUGACGUGCGCGAGGAGGAGUGGAUACAAGGGGGGCGGCAGGAUGGUGGUGUGAGCACGCUGCUGGCAUCGCUGGCCGGCGUGCGGGUGGCAUCUGCCGCCCAGGCCACCCCACAGCUGCAUUCUGCGUGGGCUGCCCUUGCCGCAGCCACCCCCUUCCCCGGGAAGCUCACAGCCCACUGGGUAGCAGCGGUGGGGCGCGCAUGGCGGAGGCUUGAGAGGACCCGUGUGGUGGUGUGGGAGGGGGGUGAGGGGAGUGAGAGCAGUGAGAGCAUGAGCGUAGAGGAAAGUGGAGUGAGGAGCAGUGAGGAGUGGGAGUCGAAGGAGGGGAUAGUUGGCGCGGUGGCAGGGAGGAGCGCAGGAGGGGGCAUGCGUGGUGGGCGAGGGCGGAAGAGAAGGAGGAGCGGGGAUGCGCAGGACGGUGUGGUGGCCCACGCCCGUGAUGGCAUCCCCGCUCCUUCUCAUCACAGGGAUGAGCAGGAGGGGGUGGUGGCAUCACGGGCCGGGGCAGCAGCAGCGGCGAGUGGGGCGGCCAUGGCAGGCAGGGGAGCAGCAGGCGGAGGGCAGUUGGCAGCAGGUGGGCAGGGGUCAGCGGGCGGGGAGGGGUCAGCGGGCGGGGAGGGGUCAGCGGGCGUGGCAGCACCGCUGCUGGCCCCGGAGCUCAUAGUGGCAGCAGCCCUCCGAGCUGCUCUCGCUCCCCACCCCAUGCCUGCCCCUCUUGCUGCUCACGCCCCGCGCUUCCCUUUCCCCCACACUGUGCCACCUGCCACCACCGCACUCCACUCCCUUGCACAGCUGCUUGCUGGCUUGCCAUCCGCCCUUCUCCCUGUCACCCGGCCGUACGGCUUUGGCUGGGGCCAGCCGCUACUCACUGCCGCUCCCCCUUCCUUCCACGUACCUCGCUCUCUCCCAACGCCGCCUCCCCCCCGUUAUACAGCAGCUUUUUCGGCGCAAACAGCUGUUUCGGCGCAAGCAGCUAUUUCGGUGCAAGAAGCUGUUUCGGUGCAAGCAGCUGUUACUGCCUCUCCACCUCUUGCUGCUGCCACCACUACAACUGAUGCUGCUAUCGGCAACAAUAGAUCGGCACUUUCAGCUGCGCCUGCGACCUCUGCCAUUGCACCUGCUGGUACGGCCACUGUAGUUGCUGCUAGAAUGUCUGCUCCAACAGCUGAUUCUGCUUCUGCUAUUGGUUCUGCCAUUCCCUCCCAGCAGUCUUGA